AUGAGACAAUUAGUAGAAGUAACGCAUCUACAAUAUUUUGCAGGAAUUUUGGAUCUUAUACAAGACAAAGAAGUGAGAAAUGUGGCACGUUUGGUUAUAAACGCUCAAACAAACGAUCUGGUGGAUGUGGAAGAAGCUUUGCUACCAAGCCCCACCGAACUACAGAAUUACGGUGGUACCUUCGAUAGUCUGGUUUCCUCUUGUAGUUUCGAAGGAGCUAGUUGUUACAGAGAAAAUUUUACUGUUCUGUAUCAUCCAAAUUAUGGUAAAUGUUACAUGUUUAACUAUGUCGGAAGUGGAGGAGAAUCCCCCAUAGAAACUUACACUUAUGGAAGCAAAAGUGGUCUCCAGCUGCUUCUCAGAGUGACGGACGAGAAUGCCUUGUCCCUUCUCAGUAGAGAAAUCGGUGCACGUGUUGUUAUUCAUGAUCCUCACUCCUUACCUUUUGUAUCCGAGUAUGGAGUUAAUGUUCGACCGCGUGAUAUGACAACAGUGGAGAUGUCCAUAACCAAAACGAAUCGCCUAGGUUAUCCCUGGGGAAACUGCGAGGAGAUAAGUCUAAGCCAUGAAGAAGAGCCUUAUUCAGUGCUGGGAUGUGAAAAGACAUGUGCGUUGAUAUAUAUGACAAAAAUAUGUAACUGCACCAUGAGGCAUUUACUUCGUGAAACUGUCGUUUCAAGAAAUAAUAUUCAGUAUCCAUUAUGCAACAUCAGUAAUCUAAGAGAAAGUAAGUACUUUAUUGUAAGAAAUCCUUCUAAUUUUAAUUUUUGA